GUGCCUCUGCAGCCAAACUCACCUGUGAAACUGUGAAAUCUGGUCCAGCAACAACAGUCACUCGCACCAUCAGGGUCAAAACCUGAACGAGCAGCACAAAACAAGACCUACUGAAGACCUGAGCUCGAUAUAAGCAGACAUGUAGCUUCAUAAGAGCGCUGAUAAAACUUUCAUCUGAAUCCUCUGCAGUGGACACCAUGGCCUCCACCUUCUCUGUGCGCAGCUACUCUGUACGUCAGCCGUCCUUCUCCAGCCUGUCUGUGAGGGACAGCGGACGCAGUAUCCGCUCCAAGACUCCCGUCUCCAUCGGCUCGUUGUCUCUGUCCCGCUCCGUCUCAGUGGGCAACGGCCUCAACGUGCUGGGCUCCAACCUCUCCUUCAACGGCCUCGGUGUCGGGGCCAGCGAGAAGGAGACCAUGAUGGGCCUGAACGACCGGCUGGCCACCUACCUGGAUAAGGUUCGCUCGCUGGAGAGGUCCAACGCUGAACUGGAGGUGAAGAUCAAGCAGCUCAUGCUGGAGAGGGCUCCAAAGGGGCAUGACAUCGAGGGGAUGAUGGCCCAGGCACAUGCCAUCGGGCAGGAGGUGAGAAAGAAGACGCUGGAGAACGCCCGGAUCAUGCUGGAGAUUGAUAAUGCCAAGCUGGCAGCCGAUGACUUCAGGGUCAAAUGGGAAGCAGAGGCCACCUUGUGCCAGUCGGUAGAGAGGGACUGUCAGGCUCUGAGGAGGGCAAAGUCCGACCACGACCAGAUCAUCAGCACUCUGCGAGGAGACCUGGACAGCCUGAAGGAGGAGCUCUACUUCCUCAAGAAGAAUCAUGACGAGGAGAUGAACUCUCUGAAGGCGCGUCUGGCCAACGAGCAGGUGAAUGUGGAGGUGGAUGCGGCUCAGGGUCCUGAUCUGGGGGCCAUCAUGGCUGAGCUGAGGGUCCAGUAUGAGAGCAUUGCUCGCAAGAACAAGGAGGAGGCCGAGGCCUGGUACCUCAAGAAGGUCAGUCACUGCAUAAUCAGUUCUUAUUUUUCUGGUAUUAAUACUGGUCUUUUGCUUUUUUGUGGUAUUAUAGACUACAUGCUGUACACACUAUGUAUUAUUUUGAUGCAGUUGGAAGCAGUGCAGUCGGAGGUCAAAGAAAGCAACGAGGCUUUGCGUUGUGCCCAAAGUGAGCUCAGUGAGAGACGACGUUUCCUGCAGGCUCUGGAGGUCGAACUCGACAGUCUUCGGAAGCAGGUAGGCGUGUUGGAAGGAAACCUGGGAGAAACGGGGCACAAGUACUCUGUGGAGAUGGACCGUCUUCAGGCCACACUGACCCAGCUGGAGGAUGAGCUGUCUCAGCUGCGUUUGGACAUGCAACGCAACAAGACCGACUAUGAACAGCUGCUGCGCAUCAAACAGAACCUGGAGAUGGAGAUCGCCACCUACAGGAGGCUGCUGGAAGGAGAGGAAAUGGUGAAAGAAACACCUCCACCUCCCAAAAAAGACCCCGAUGUAAGGACCAGGAAGAUUGUUAAAGUCGUUACCCAGACCAUGAUCAACGGCAAGGUGGUAGAUGAGUCCAGUGAGGUGGAGCAGAUUGAGGAGCGCAAAAAAUGAGCCAAAGUGUAUUCAGAGAAGGAGCAGUAACGUCUCUUAAACCCAAAGUGCCUGCUGGCUGUCGAUCACAUCUCACCACAACCUUCUUGCUUUAUGUCUUCCUUAUUUUGUAGCAAGUUUUAAUGCCUUAAGCUUGCCAAACAAAUAUACUAAACAUGGAAUAAAAAUUAAAUUGAAGUUCUA